AUGACGUCCUCACUUGGUGACGUGUCAGUUUGUUUACAGCGGUCCCUGCUCUGCAGCUGCACAGGCAUGGCUGUGGAUAUAACUUUACUUUUCAAAGCCAGUGUCAAGACAGUAAAAACCAGGAACAAGGCGAUAGGAAUCGGCUUUGACUCUACCAAAGAUGACAUUUUCAAGAGGAGCAGACCCAAGAGUGGCUUCUCUCCGAAGGCGAAAGAAGUGGUCACGAACAUCACCAAGCUCAAAGACUUUCUGUUACAACACAGGAAAGAUUAUGUGAGCGUCGGAAGUCUCAUCUCAUCGGAUCUUACCCGUAUGACGGACAAUGAGCGAGACCAGAUUGACCAGGAUGCUCAGAUCUUCAUGAGGACCUGUUCUGAGGCCAUCAAGCAGCUACGCAAUGAAGCAGCGAAGCAGGUGACAUCAGCCCAAAUAAAGGAGCACAGAGGGGCAGUGUUGGACCUCAUUGAAAUGUAUCUAAGAGGAGUAUGUAAGCUGUACUCUGAGCAGCGAGCAAUCAGAGUCAAGAGAAUGGUGGACAAGAAGAGGCUGUCAAGACUGGCACCAGAGAACCACAAUCGGGUGGAGAGAAAGCCAGAGGUGGAGCUCUUGGAGGAGAAGACUGUCAAGGAGGAAAGCUCUGAGAAGAGUGUGUCAGAGGUCCUGGGCAACCCUGUCAACCCGUGGGAGGAGGGCCGAGUGGAGGACGAGCUCUCUCCCGAGGAGAUCCAGAUGUUUGAGCAGGAAAACCAGAGGUUGGUGAGUGAGAUGAACAGCCUGGUGGAUGAAGUGAGGCAAAUCGAGGGGAAGGUGGUGGAGAUCUCCCGACUGCAAGAGAUCUUUGCUGAGAAAGUCCUGCAACAAGAAACAGAGAUAGACAGUAUUCAUCAGCUGGUUGUGGGUGCUACAGAAAACGUCAAAGAAGGCAAUGAGGAUAUACGAGAGGCCAUCAAAAACAAUGCUGGCUUCCGUGUAUGGAUCCUGUUCUUCCUGGUCAUGUGCUCUUUCUCUCUCCUCUUCCUGGACUGGUAUGACAGCUAACACAACUAGCCAGCAUGGACUCUAUACGACAGGAAACCAUUUGGCUCUGGCGCAUAUUGGUUAUCUCGUAAAGUGCCGAUGACAACACUGAGACUGAAUGUACAGUUUACCAUGCUGGACCUGGUGUACAAAGUGUUCUUCAUGAAGAUUCUGUGUUCAAGUGGAGAUGGCAGUUCGUUCUUCCCUGAUGCUAACUAUCUAUUAAUCUUUGUCCAGUGCUUUCCGGACAGAUUCAGUGUUUGAAAGCACUUCUAUGGAGGCGAGCUUUGUAUGGAGCGCUGUGUCCACUUUAAGUGUGUGUGUGUGUGUGUGGUUGGACAGUCAGUCUUUCUCAACCACUAAAAGCAGUGAUCAUGGUUUGAUUGGCAGCAACUAUUUCUGUAUGACUGACUGGGGGGAAAAAGGAUACUGGCAUUACAUUGACUUUUCUGUCUCAUGUACACUAUUUAAAUAGAUGAUAAACUUGUGUCCCUCAAUGAUAUAAAUUAUACUUCACUGUCAAAUGCUAAGAAUAUUUUGCUUUCCAGGCAAUUAUGAGGAGCAGAACAAUUCAUUUGAUAUCCAUCACUGCAAAACUGUACUGACACACCACUCACAUUCUAGUAAAACUAAUUAAAUUAA